CCGACGCACUUCCGUCAACUGACGACACCGGAAAUGACGUUCCGAGACCGUCUAUUACAGGAAGUGGCCGCCGUAUCGUCUCUAUAGGUGUGUGUACUCUGCUCCAAACAAACUUUCAUCGAUCCAACAGUGCUUUACGACACUCCUCUUCACGACUACUUGUCACAUUCGGCGGAAAUGGCUUAUCCAGGCUACGGUGGGUAUGGUGCACCGAUGCCAGGGAUGCCCCACCAGGGCAUGCCCCACCACCAGGGUCACCCUAUGGCCGGGCACCCCAUGGGCCAGAUGGGGGGCCAACCCCAGGGGGCAUACGCUCAGUACGGCGCUCAGUACCAGGGCGCUGCCUACGGAGCCCCCCCUCCUGCCACCAACGACCCCAUGUAUGGAUACUUCACCGCCAUCGCUGGCCAGGAUGGAGAGAUCGACGCAGACGAGCUCCAGCGCUGUUUGACACAGUCUGGGAUCAGCGGGACCUACACCCCGUUCAGCUUGGAGACGUGCAAGAUCAUGAUCGCAAUGUUGGACCGAGACCACACGGGCAAGAUGGGCUUCAACGAGUUCAAGGACCUGUUCACCGCGCUGAACGGCUGGAAGCAGAACUUCAUGAUGUUCGACCGGGACCGCAGCGGCACCGUGGAGCCCCAGGAGAUGUCCCAGGCCGUCAGCGCCAUGGGCUACAGGGUGAGCCCACAGGCCCUGAACGUCAUCAUCAGGCGCUACAGUAAAAAUGGGCGUGUCUACUUUGACGACUACGUGGCGUGCUGUGUCAAGCUCAGGACGCUCACAGAUGUCUUCAGACGCAGGGACACCAUGCAGCAGGGAGCUGUCAGCUUCCAGUAUGAUGACUUCAUCCUCUGCACCAUGUCCAUCUAAACCCCACCACGGACACCGCUUUGGCCACGGCAACCAACAAAACCCCCAAGUGGUAUUCCACUUUAAUUUCCCAGGAAAUUCAAAAAGGAGAGCCAUUAACGGUGGUAACAAGCAAAGAGGAGCCACAUGGGGAAAGUACACGCAUUCAGCACGUUAGCUUAGUUAGCCCGCUUAUGUUUGUUUUAUGUGCCAUGACACGCCACUCAAAAAGGGUGCGUGUCCGACGAAAGAAAAGCAAAAACGCCGCCUGGAGAUGGACGGAGUGGAGUGACGUCUUAUUGGAAAGUUAAAAACAAAAGAGUGUAGUAUGUGCCUAGCUACAGGGCUAUACAUAGGAGAACCAAUCAUUUCUCGGCCAGGUUAACGGUAUUGGUGUCCCCUUUUUUUACGGUCAAAUGUUGUGAUUGGUCGGUUACUUGGCCAAUGAGGACUUUGAAUGUUUUUGCGAUUUGGCACACACUCCCUUAUUCUCGGAAACAGAACUCCGGAAGAAAUGCUAGUGCUAAAGUGAGUGUAUUUACUUGUGUGAAUUAUUAUUUAGAAUUAAUACUGAUCGUUGAGAUACCUAUGUGCCAUUAUAAUCUUUGAAUGUAUGGUAAUAUUUUAGUGAUAACAAAAAAAGAAAAAAGCGUGUUUAUAAAAAACCAAUCACUGAACUAAUGUAUUGAAAUAUAUUUUUUGUUUUUUGGAUUACUACAUUAUUUUUCACAUGCAUUAACUAUGGGUUUGGUAUAUUAGCGUCACUUUUUAGUUAGCCAAAGUAAGAAUACUGAAAGGAACACGUCUGUGUACGCACACGGUUUUGUUUUGGAGAUGAACUUUCGGGAAAAAUAUAUACUGCUUAAAUUGAAAUGUAUAGUUUAUGUUGUCAGGCCAGUAAAUGUUUGGCGGCAUUCAUCCUAAACUGUGCACUUGAUGUCAAAGGGUCAGAUUUUGUUAUUUACAAUAAACACAUUUUUUAUUCA